CACCUUAAGGUUCUGGUUCUGGGACGGGUUCUAAACCCAGACUGGUACGGAUUAAAUAAACUUUCAGAUUAAAUCUAAUGUAGGCGGUGAUUCUGUGGUGGGAGCUUAGAGACGGGUCUAUCAGGGGAACCGGGUCCAGUGGGUUCUGUUAGAACUCCAUCCACCAGAACAUUUCAGAACCCUGUGGAGAGACACCAAAACCAACGAUCCAGAUGACCUGAAGGCCGGUACCAGAGCGACCUGCUGAGGUGGUUCUGCUAAUCCUGAAGCAGAGGAGGCGUGGCUGGACCUAAACUGGGUCUGGUUCUGGUUCUGGUUCUGGAUGUUUAAUUCUGGUUGUUUUCUAAAAAGAUCCGUUUCAACAUUUAGUGUUUAAACGCGUCAGAAUAAAGAGCCUCGGUCAGCAGGUUCUGGUUCUGCCCGGAUCAGCUGAUGAGCUGCUGAAUCAUCACUUCUCUGCGGUUCCGGUCCAGAUCCAGGAAGGAUUCUGGUUCCUGUUCGGUCUCCAGGCGUCAUUUCCUCCCAAAGGCUCCGCGCUGCAGGAACCAGCGCGCCUGAACGAUGCCGUCCCUGCAGCAGAUCAGAACCGCUUUGGACGGUUCGGGUCAGGCCCACGUCCUGCGGUUCUGGUCGGAGCUGAGCGAGGAGGAGAAGGCGGUGUUCCUGCAGGAGCUGGCUCAGCUGGACCUGCAGCGGCUGGAGGAGCACUGCCAGGCGGCCGCGGAGGCUGCUGACGCCGCCGCGGCGUCCCGCAGCCUGGACCCGAACCGGGACCUGGUUCUGGAGCCGGUACCGCCGGAGAGCAUGGGCAGCGUGAGGAGGAGCGACCCGGAGAACCUGGCGGAGUGGGAAAGAGAAGGGUUCCUGCAGAUCUCCAGGAAUCAUGUUGCAGUUCUGCUCCUGGCCGGAGGUCAGGGAACGCGGCUUGGAGUCCAGUAUCCCAAAGGGAUGUACGACGUUGGGCUGCCGAGCAGGAAGACUCUGUAUCAGAUCCAGGCGGAGCGAAUCCUGAAGAUCCAGAGGCUCGCAGAGAGCAGACACGGCUCCAAAUGCACCGUUCCCUGGUACAUCAUGACCAGCGAGUUCACCCUGAAGCCCACCCAGACCUUCUUCCAGGAGAACUCUCACUUCGGCCUGGAGCCUUCAAACAUCAUCAUGUUCGAGCAGAGGAUGAUCCCAGCCGUCACCUUCGAUGGGAAGGUCAUCCUGGAGAGGAAGGGGAAGAUCGCCAUGGCUCCAGACGGUAAUGGAGGUCUGUACCAGGCGCUGGUGGACAACGACCUGCUGGAGGACAUGAAGCGCAGAGGAGUGGAGUACGUCCACGUUUACUGUGUGGACAACAUCCUGGUCAAGAUGGCCGACCCGCUGUUUGUCGGCUUCUGUGUGACCAAAGGAGCCGACUGUGGAGCCAAGGUGGUGGAGAAGGCCCACCCGGCUGAGCCGGUGGGCGUGGUCUGCAGGGUGGGCGGGGUCCCUCAGGUGGUGGAGUACAGCGAGAUCCAACCUGAAACGGCCCGACUCCGAGGAACUGGUGGAGAGCUGGUCUACAGCGCCGGGAACAUCUGCAACCACUUCUUCACCAGGAGCUUCCUGCAGGACGUGGCCGAGAAGUUUAUGGGGCGGCUGAAGCAGCAUGUGGCUCUGAAGAAGGUCCCGUUCGUGGACUCUUGUGGGAACCAGGUGAAACCGACCAAAGCCAACGGGAUAAAGAUGGAGAAGUUUGUUUUUGACGUGUUCCCGUUCUCCAGGAGCUUCGUUGUGUUUGAGGUCCUGAGGGAGGACGAGUUUUCUCCUCUGAAGAACGCUGACGGAGCGGCGGCAGACACGCCCACCACAGCCAGGGACGCGCUGCUGGCUCAGCACUGCCGCUGGGCCACGGCUGCUGGAGCCGCCCUGCUGGACGAACAUGGCAACUGCAUCCAGACCGCCUGCAGUUCAUCGGCAGGGAACCCUCCACCUGCAAAAUGUGAGAUUUCUCCUCUGGUGUCGUACUUCGGAGAGGGCCUGGAGCAGCUGCUGAAAGGGAAAAGCAUAAAAACUCCCUUCAUCCUGGAUGAAGCAGCAGCUGAAGGGCUGCAGGCUCGGUAGACCCGAUCGGAUCAGGAGGAGGUUCUGAAAGACAAUCAUGGAGAACAGCUGACAUGUGUUACAUCAGGCUGUGAAGCUUUACUGUGAUGGAACGAGUUAACCAAUCAGGGAUCAACCAGCAGACUUUAUAUAAACGGUUUUUACUGCAAUUAAUAAAAAAUUACUCAAUUCAA